AUGCCAGUGGAUGAAAUGGAGGAAGAGUGUCGGUCUAGUGACAACAGCUAUCUAUGGAGGUCGAAUAUCAUAAGCGCUAUACAAAUGGCAUUGCUGUUAUGUGGAUUUUCGAUUAAACUCAUGAACCUGCCUUCCUUAGCUGAAAAUGCAGUGUUGGUCGAGAUUGGACUUAGUGAACUUGCCGAAUGUGCAGGCGAAUGA